UUAUUAUGAUUGACUAAAAUUUUGGCACUCACGUGCCAUUUACCUAGAGCCCAUAUCCUUUCCAUAAACCCUAGCUAAACCCCGAACUCGAUACCAGAGAGAGACUGAACACACAACAAUGGCAAGCCACGCUAAUCGUCUGAUUAUCUCCAGAUUAACGCCGACGACGACAUCGAGAUGCUAUUCUACGCCGACAGCGUUGACUGUGACCAAAGGCAAAGAGGACUCACUGUUCCGCAAGCUCUCCGCUCUCGGCUACGGCGGCUCUGGCUCAGACGCCGCCGUAGCCGACACUCUCGACGAAUGGGUAAAGCAAGGUAAAUCCAUCAAGAGGUUCGACAUCAUCAGCUGCGUCAAUCAUCUUCGCAAGUUCAAGAAGUACCACCACGCUAUCCAGCUAUAUGAAUGGAUGGAAAAAGGCAAGAACAAAAUGAACAAUGCUGACCGUGCAAUACGCAUAGACCUUCUUGCCAAGGCCAAUGGGGUGGCCUCAGCUGAAAAGUAUUUCAACAGCCUCGAAGGAUCUGCAAAGACUAUGAAAACUUAUGGAGCACUUCUUAGUACUUACUGCAAGGAGAAAAUGCUAGAUAAAGCUAUCGAGCUUUUUGAGAAGAUGAAAGAGCUAAGUUUUACAUCUGCUUUAAACUAUAAUAAUAUGAUGUCUCUUUACUUGAACCUUGGCCAACCUGAAAAAGUCCCUUCCCUAGUGAAAGAAAUGGAGGAGAUGAACAUUGCUGCAGAUAAAUAUACUUAUAAUCAAUUGAUGAACAGCUAUGCUUCUCUGAAUGAUGUAAAUGCAGUAGAGGAAGUUCUUGAGACGAUGAAAACGAAGAAGGUAAUACCUGAUUGGUUUACAUAUGGAAAUCUAGCAACCAUUUAUGUCAAUGCAGGGCUUAUUGAUAAGGCCAAUGAUGUUCUCGAAAAAUUGGAGGAUGAGGAUAUGUUAAAUGGCCUUGAUCGUGAAACUUUUCAUACUCUCAUCACUUUGUAUGCUCGAACCUCUAAUUUGCUGGGGGUUAAUCGAGCAUGGGUGUCUUUGAAGUUGACCUUUGCAAAACCCAAUAAUGUUAGCUAUCUCAUCAUGCUUUUGGCUCUCUUCAAGCUGGAAAAUGUGGAUGGCCUCGAGAAAUGUUUUGCAGAGUGGGAAUCAGGUUGCUCAACCUAUGAUGUCAGGUUAGCGAAUAUUAUUUUGGAAUCUUACCUUAAUAGAAACAUGAUCGAGGAAGCUAAUGCACUUUAUGAAAGUGUGGUCAGUAGAGGGGUUCAACCUAAUUUGAGGACACUGAAUCUUUUCACAAGCUACUACUUGAAGAAGCAACAGAUGGAUCUGGCUUUGAAGUUUUUUGAAAUAGGUGUAUCUAAAAUGAGUUCAGAGAAAAGUAAUUGGUUUCCAACUGAUGAAACUGUUAGUAUGUUUUUGAAAUACUUUGAGGAGGAAAAGGAUACAGAGAGUGCUGAGAAGUUCUGUGAGAUCAUGAAAAAGAUUGGACGUCUCGAGUCCAAUGCCUCUGUUUCUCAGCUUCAAACAUGUAUUGCUGCUGGAAAAGUGGGAACCCUGAAGUUGAGAAGAUGCUCCAUUUAAUGCGGUCUGAGUAAGCUGGUGCAAGUUAACUAAUUCAACAUUGCAGGAGCUGUUUUGAAUGCUAUGGUUUUAAACUUGUUUAUGUUUAAUAGGAGUUCAAAAAUUCAUAGCACUCGGCUAUGGUCCAAUGUUGGUUUUGAAGUGUCAAAUGAAGCAAGUAGGAAUUUUUCUCUUCUUUUCCUGCUUUUAUCCGUGCAUACUUGGGGCAACUUUGUGGUGCUGGACAUUUUGAUUUUCUUGAUCUAGGUUGAGUUCUGUGAGGUGACAAUUACUGCCUCACAAUUACCAUACUGUUUUCCUCAACAUAUGUAUCUAUAUCUAUAAGAAGGGGGGUAAUUAUUCAGUAA